AUGAUUACAUGUCCGAAAACCCGAUGUAGCACUGCACGAACAAUUCUUGCGGUUCACUUUUCGUUACAAAAAGAGACGAUACCGAAAAAUAUACGCGAGGAUGCAACCGAGAAUAUUCGAAUGAUCACGGCGUGUCUCUAUGGCGAUUUGCGAACCAUAAACACUUUUAUUACUUUACCGAUAUUUGUCAAUUUCGUCCACUGGGCCCAUAACCUGUUAAGGUGUGCGACGAACGGAAGUGAUAAUAGUGAAACGUUCAAUGCCGCAUUACAAAGUGCAUUAUUUCGUUCAAAUUUAAAUGUGAAGCUCCCGAGUUUUAUUUAUUCUGAUCCAGAAUUAUGGUUUUCCAUGGUGGAACAGCGUUUUGCCGUAUCUCAAGUGACAAGUGAAAGUGAAAAAUAUACAUGCGUCGCGAACGCCUUAGAUCCGAAUGUCGCAGUGGAAGUGCGCGAUAUGAUUGUUGCGAUUCCUAAGACAAAUCCGUACACUAAAUUAAAGAAACAAAUUAUUAAACGGUUAAGUGCAUCGCAGGAGGAGAAAACGCGUAGAUUACUAGAAUCAGAAGAAAUAGGCUAUAGAAAGCCUACACAAUUUCCACGACAUUUGCAAGCACUCGCUGGUGCAACUGUACGAGACACAAUGCUCAGAACAUUGUGGAUCCAUCGCCUUCCACACAAUGUGCAAGCAAUUUUAGCCGCGCAACAAGAGCUUGCAUUAGACAAGCUCGCAGAAUUAGCCGAUUCAAUUAUCGACGUGAGUUCGCGAAAUCGCCCUUCGGUUUCAGAAGCUGCAAUAAAUAGUGCGUCUCUCGACCUGUUAUUACAAAAAUUUGAACAAGUUGUGACUACAAUGACUGAAAAAAUGGGCAUAAUGCAAGCACAAAUCGCUGAAAUUCAGAAUAAAAGAGACAAUAAUCGGUCCGGUAAUCGCGGUAGAUCUCAUUCUCGCGGUCAGUCACAAUCUCGCGGAAGAAUGGACACUGGUGCGGAUUUAUGCGUGUUUCCUCGCGCGUUACUCCGUCAGUCGCGAGAAAAGUCUUCUUACGAACUUUCCGCGGCAAACGGGACAACUAUUGCAACCUACGGUACCACUAACAUUAAUCAAAAUUUGGGACUGAGACGUGACUAUCCGUGGAGAUUCGUUGUCGCGGACGUGACCAAACCGAUUAUCAGCGUCGAUUUUUUGGCACACUACGAGUUGUUGGUAGAUGUUAAAAGUCGAAAAUUAAUUGAUUCAGUGACAAAGCUCGCAGCAGAAGGAAAAGCGGUCAAUGGUAAAAUAUUUAGUGUUAACAGUGUUUCUGGGUGUAGUGUGUACCAUGAGCUUUUGGAAAAAUUCCCGGAAAUUACAAGACCUGACGGAAGGGUUACAGCAACACACGGUACAGUUCAUUACAUAAAAACGCGAGAUGGACCUCCGGUAGUGCAAAAACCGCGACGUUUAGCCCCGGACCGACAAAGAGCCGCGAAAAAGGAAUUCGAAAAUUAUUUAAAGCUCGGUAUUGCAAGACCAUCGAAAGCUCGAUGGGCAUCACCACUACACAUGGUUCCCAAGCCUGAUGAAGAGUGGAGACCGUGUGGCGAUUAUCGAGGUCUUAACGCGGUGACGGAACCUGAUUGUUACCCUGUGCGUCAUAUACAAGAUUUUACGCAUAAUCUUGCCGGAAAAUCUAUAUUUUCAGUGAUAGAUCUUAUGAAAGCGUUUCACCAAAUUCCGGUUGCCGAAGAGGACAUUUGUAAAACAGCCAUUACAACUCCGUUCGGUAUAUUUGAGUUUCCUUAUAUGACUUUCGGUUUGCGGAAUGCGGCACAAACAUUUUAG